AUGUUGGAGGAUAGCAUCCUGGCUGAGGAACGUAAAGAGAAGAAGAAGAAGAAGAAAGUGACCUAUGCUGAACCAGAAAGAGACAUGGAUGUUGGUAUAUCACUUGUGUCCGGUGCUGGGUGCAAGCCUCAAUUAAGUCAAGAGGAGAUGGAGAGUGAUUUGAUGACAAAUGCUGAAAAGGAAGUUCUGUUUUGCCUAGUGCAUAAAAAAACUGGACUUAGUCUUAAGGCAUAUUUUCUGACUCGACUUCCGUACCUUUUACCUCUGGCUGACUUUUUGGUGUACCUUAACCUGUCAUUUAAUUGCUUGUACUUCUUUCCUAAAGAGGUCUUUGAUCUUAAACACUUAGAAAUACUAAAGCUCCGAAACAACCCUAUCAGGUUCAUCCCAGAAGAUAUCAACCAAAUGAAGAAUCUUAAAUACUUGCUUAUGUCCUUCAAUUUGCUGACUAGUCUUCCAUCAGGGCUGUUUAAAAUGCAAAGUCUUCAGGGCCUUGAUGUUUCCUAUAAUGAAAUUGAAUUUAUCUCUAGUGAUAUUGGAAAUCUCAGAAGCCUUACAUAUCUGAAUGUAGAAGGCAAUCUACUGUAUGUGUUGCCCUGUGGGAUUUUGAAGCUUCAGCUGAGCCGCCUCAAAGUGGAAAACAAUUUCUUACAUGCCUACUUCUGGAGCGAAAUCCCCCAGCUUCAGCCACAACGGCUCACCGACAUGGCUGCCCUUUGCUUUGCCAAACACAAGCUGUGGGGAAAAUAUCGUGAGAUCUCAGUGAACGUUCAAGUGAUAUUGUACAAUGUUUCCAUCUGCGAUUGCUGCAUGGGACCCUUGUAUGGAAAAGGCCUUCGCUUCAUCCGCAUCUAUAAGAGCAUCUAUGGACUUAGGCUCCCUUAUCUCUUUUGUGCCUGCUCACCAACCUGCUAUACGAACUAUGUGACUUUAGCGGGCUCAGUCUGAUGAAUGUCACUGUUUUAAUUGAGGCUGCAGCUUAGCUGGUAACGUGC